CUCACGGAAUCCCUUUACGCACAUAGCUCGCCAGUUUUUUUUUUCCCAACGCCAAUCCACUCUUCCCCUCCUUUUUUCUCCACUCCCCUCUGCUGUCCCCACCCCAGAUUCCCGUGCAAUUUUCCCCAAUCCCAAACACUUAAUUGAGCAAUUGGGAUUCCUCACGUGUGGGCUGAUUUGUAGUUUGAACACGUGGCUCAUUCAAAAAAGCCGGAAUAGCAGAGGAUUUUUUUCUCCCCCUUCUUCUUCUUCUUCUUCUUAUUCUAGGCUCUAGACUUAGAGGCGGGCGCCAGCCUUACCGUGUGUGACAUUCUCUGUCUCUUUGCCAAGGGGUUUGGAGGAAGACACAAAGUAGUUUCUCCUCCUUUUCACCCAGCCCGCCAUCGUUUGGAGACACGAGAUUAAUAAUUGAGCAUUUAUUUAUUGCGCGAUAGAGACAGAGGGGCGAGGGAGAGCAAACGCACUGUGAGGCUGCCAGUUUAACGUUAAAUCUAUCUGUGGCUUGAACGACCGGGAAGCACGCCACAGCCACUCCGUAGUAGUAAAGGCGAUUUAGGCUACUCCAAACACUGCACAUCCGUGAGCGCAAAUAACUAUCUCUCCCUCAGCGUAAAGAUUGUCCCUUUUCGGCGCAGAACAUGAAUAAGCUAUACAUUGGCAACGUGAGCGCUGAGGCGAGCGAGGAGGACUUCGAAACUAUCUUUGAGCAGUGGAAGAUUCCGCACAGUGGUCCAUUUCUUGUCAAAACUGGCUAUGCGUUUGUGGAUUGCCCGGACGAGAAGGCUGCGAUGAAGGCCAUCGAUGUUCUUUCAGGUAAAGUUGAACUUCAUGGGAAAGUUCUCGAAGUGGAGCACUCGGUCCCUAAACGUCAAAGGAGCUGUAAGCUACAGAUCAGGAACAUCCCCCCUCAUAUGCAGUGGGAGGUUUUGGAUGGUAUGCUUGCUCAAUAUGGUGCAGUAGAGAGCUGUGAACAAGUAAACACUGACACAGAGACUGCAGUAGUCAAUGUUCGAUAUGCAGCCAAGGACCAGGCCAGGCUGGCAAUGGAGAAGCUGAAUGGAUCUAUGAUGGAGAACUAUGCCUUGAAAGUGUCCUAUAUCCCAGAUGAAACAGCUGCACCAGAGGGUCCUUCAGCGGGAGGCAGAAGAGGCUUUAACGCCCGUGGACCUCCUCGAUCUGGCUCUCCAGGUUUGGGUGCCCGGCCCAAAGUGCAGUCAGACAUCCCACUACGCAUGCUGGUUCCCACACAGUUUGUAGGGGCAAUUAUCGGCAAGGAGGGUGCCACUAUCCGCAACAUCACCAAACAGACCCACUCAAAGAUCGACAUUCAUAGGAAAGAAAAUGCAGGUGCAGCAGAGAAGCCCAUCACAAUUCACUCCACCCCUGAAGGUUGUUCGAACGCUUGUACAACCAUCAUGGAGAUCAUGCAGAAAGAAGCUGUCGACACAAAGUUUACUGAGGAGAUUCCACUGAAGAUACUCGCACACAAUAACUUUGUAGGAAGAUUAAUUGGGAAGGAAGGACGCAACCUGAAGAAAAUUGAGCAGGAUACGGGGACCAAGAUCACAAUUUCACCUCUCCAGGAUUUGACCCUAUACAACCCAGAGCGGACCAUCACAGUGAAGGGCUCCAUUGAGGCGUGCUCAAGAGCAGAGGAAGAAGUGAUGAAGAAGAUCAGGGAAUCGUACGAAAGUGACAUGGCUGCUAUGAAUCUCCAGUCCAACCUGAUUCCAGGCUUGAAUCUGAACGCUUUGGGUUUGUUCCCCAGUGGCGCACCAGGCAUGGGUCCUUCCAUGUCCAGUGUCCCACCUCCUGGAGCCCAUGGUGGAUGCUCAUCGUUUGGAUGCAGUCCUUAUGGGGGUGAGGGGCCAUUUUGGGCUUCAAUGCUGUCGGCGAGCAGCCAGCCCCUUGCUCAGGGACACCCAGAGUCGGAGACAGUUCACCUGUUCAUCCCAGCGCUUGCAGUGGGAGCUAUCAUUGGAAAACAGGGUCAACACAUCAAACAGUUGUCACACUUCGCCGGAGCCUCAAUCAAGGUGAGUGACGGACAGGAGAUUGCCCCUGCAGAAGGAAUGGAUGCCAAACAGAGGAUGGUCAUCAUCGUUGGGCCGCCAGAGGCUCAGUUUAAGGCUCAGUGUCGCAUCUUUGGCAAACUAAAGGAAGAGAAUUUCUUCGGACCCAAGGAAGAGGUGAAGUUGGAGGCUCACAUCAAGGUUCCCUCCUUUGCUGCUGGACGAGUCAUUGGGAAGGGUGGAAAAACGGUAAAUGAGCUGCAGAACCUGACCUGUGCAGAAGUGGUGGUGCCCAGGGACCAGACGCCCGAUGAGAACGACCAGGUUAUAGUUAAGAUCAGCGGACACUUCUUUGCAUGCCAGCUGGCCCAGAGGAAGAUUCAGGAGAUCCUGGCCCAGGUGAGGAGACAGCAGCAGCCUAAGCCCACAUCUGGAGCCCAACCUCCACUGCCCCGCAGGAAGUAAAGAUCCAGCGGACCUGGAGGAAUGGUGACCGAAUCUGCCAGAAGACUCGACAGAUGGACCGAUGCAGCAGAGUCCGUGGGGAGAACAAGACAACAAGGGGUUGUAAUGCUCAUCUCAGGGGUCAAAGGUUAUCAGAACCCAACCAAACAUCUACCCCUCCUUGUCUUACUUGAUUAGCUUUCAAGUGUGGCUAAUAAAGAGACCCUACGCCUCCUAAACCUCCACCCACCUCACCUCUCUGCAUCUCUGUGAGAAUGUACUUCUGAGGGCUCCCAACGUCGUCACCUGCCCUCACAUGUACACACCCCUCGACCGCUCUCCUCCUCCCUGCCACGGGUGUGUUAGAUUUUUUUUAUUUUUUAUUUUUGGUCAUCUUUUUACACUAGAAACACAAAGAAGAAAUAAGGAUCCCCCUCCUAUCACCUCCUUGGUGUGGUACUUCAAACCUGACAAAAUGUUUUGGUUGACUUCAGAUUUAGUUGAAAUUUUUUUUUUUUAGUGUUUAAUUGGUUGACUAAGCUUUCUCAUGAGUUUUCUGUGGAAAGGAAAAGGCAUUGCUAUCAAGGUCCUGGUUGGACCAACAGAGAGGUUUAUUUUGGGGGAGGGUUGGCUCAGAUUGGGUGGGCCAUGUUUAGGGGAAAGAUUCUUGUUUCAGGACGGGACCCCUGAAAGGGUGGAUUAUAUUGGGUGUCCUGCCCUUGUAAUGAUAGUGGCAUUUUAUAAAUUUGGAUGCAUUUUAUAGAUAGACCUAUAUACAUAGAUGAAUAUAUAUUUAGAGGUGAGGGCAGCGCCAUGACUGACACUUAGGGAAAUGGUGCCGAACUGCUGCUGCCCAGGAAAACCAAUUUAAUAUGCAUUUUACUUAACUACCUCAGGAUCUAGUACCUCAGAAGAGAAAAGAAAAUGAUUAUAUAUAUAUAUGAAAAAAUGUUCCUUUCUUUUUUUAUUUUGCUUUUGUGGUAUUUUGUAUACUUUAUAAAGCUGAUAGUCUUUGAACAUUUUUAUUUUUUUAAGAAAAUUUAAAAUUUGGUCAGCUGCCAACUGACCUUGCCUUCAACUCUGGUGCUUUAGGUGGCAUUGUUCAUGUGUAUGUGUGACUUAAGAUGACCCUGUACAUAAAGUCUAUUUGUACAUAGCAGCCCCGGAGCAAGAGUUGGCGCCCCCUCAGCUGGCGGCUGACAGGAGUAUCGAGAGAAAAUCGCCUCAGUUUUUCCCCUGAGGGUCCACCAUAAAAAAAAAAGUACAAAACAACUAAGACACGCAAAUAAUGCCAACCGUACAUAAUUAUAGCAAUGCCAUUUAGUUUUGGGAUUGACAUUGUUAUUGGUAAUGGUACUUUAAUUUGUCAAAAAAAAUCCUUUUUGCCUUCUUUGGAGGGCUGUCGUCAGGACAGUGCAGUGUGGACUGUAACAGUCCUCUCUCUAGCUGCCAUAGAGUCAGCAGAGUGUCUGUUUUUUGUCUGGUCUGUUCCCAGGCCAUCUGCCACCUUCUUGACGAUGGUGUCAUAGCAAGGUCCAAGCCCGACUAGGUUUAUUUUCAUAGAGCAAGCUUUGUCAGUUCGGAGUGGCUCUUGUAGCCAGGCCAUCAAGUCAAUGUUAACGUCGUUCACUGCAUGGUGAGGGUAGGGGGAGUCACACUGAUAGACGCAUUUUUAAAUGAUUUUUCUUUUUACGCUAUAGGAAAAUAAUUUAAACGACAAGACAUUCUCUGUAACCCACAAAUGUAACUUGAUGUUUCAAUUUGUUCUUACAGGGACAAAAUACUGAAUGAACCCUGACUGGGAGUAAGAAAAGAGGAAAGGAAUCCAAAACUUAAAAUAUACAAUUUAUUUGAUUUCUCUUCAUGCCGAAUGUAAAUAUGUUGAUUGUGGUAAAAGUGCUCGAGUGUAUCCAUGCUUCCACAGUAGAACGCCGUCUACCUCAGCUGAGGGGGUGGGGGGUUGUUGUGGCACUAGGCACCCCAGCCUGCCCCCACUGAGCGCCAGCGCGCACUGAUACCUCAGUCCCCCAGAACACUUCUUUCUACAUGGGCGCGCCAUCCUAACACCGCGCUUUAACUGAGGGGCACAAGUGAUACUUAAAAUUAUCCCAGACACCUCCUGAUUCCCUGCCUCCUUCCUGCCAAACCACCCUCCCCACCCCUUUCCCCUCCUCCCGUUUGUUUUGAUCUACCUCUUUAGACACGUAUUUGAAGUAGAGGCAUUCUCUAUUUGUUAGAAUUUAGCCCCUCCCCCUUUAUGCCUCCCCAUGCUUCCCCAGAUAUGAAUGAAAACUAAAAAUCAUGUACUUAGAAUUGAGAGAAUAAUCGAAAGUGAUCAAAAAUAUUUUCUUUUGCCAGUGUUUAUAUACUUUUUUUAUUUUUUUUUAUUUUUUUUGCUUAAUUGAAAUCCUCAAACCGAUGGUUAGUUCUUUCCGCUUUCUAAUUUUGGUGGUGUGGCUUACAUGUAUUUGAACUUUGCUUGGGUUUUUUGUGAAAAAGGUCAAAUCACGUGUUUGAUUUUGCAUUCAAUAGUUAAAUGAGAAAAUACAGUUUUGUUUUUGUUUUCUUUUUCAAAAAAAGGGCCUGCCUUUUUGUUUCUGAUUUGUAAGACUUCAAAAUAGAUACAAGUCCUGUCUUUUUUUUUUUUUUUUUUUUCCCUUUUUGUCUUUCACAGAUGCUACACUCACUUGCUGAUUUGGUAGCUAUUUUCUUCUGUUAGCAUUUCUUGGCUGUGUAAUGUGGAACAUCCUCUUGGUAUGAGACAGAUAUGAGGGACUGGGUCUCUGAGUUUUUUUUUUUUUUGGAAAAGUGAUCUAACUUCAGCAUGAUAUUCCCUCCUCCCCCUCUCUGCAACCAUGCUUGUGCCCCUUCACUUCCCCUUCACACACAGCUCCACUUGUCAAAUGCCUCUGAAUAAAAAAAAAAAUAAUUAAA